AUGGCCGAGACUCAAAACAGCCGAGCGAAAGGGAAAUCUCUUGGAAAGUAUUGUGUUGCAGGUGGACCUGGAAAAGUCAGUUGCAAAAACAAUUCGAAAACAGAAGGAAUUUCGAUGCGUCGCUUCCCUAGCGAUAGUUCUGUCCGAGCAAAAUGGGCUUGUAUUGUCCAAAGACAUCGUCCGCAAUGGCAGCCAUCAAGCACUUCGGUGCUUUGCUCAGCACGUUUCAAGGUCACAGAUUUUGAACAACGGCUUGAUUUUAUUCCACAAGAACCGGAAAAAUUCAUGACUAAGAGAUGGCUGAAGAAAGGCGCGAUACCUAGUCUAGAUUGCGUUGUUUCAGGGCCACAAGUUCAGGCGAUUUCAGCUCGUGAAAGAAGACAGGUAAAUAUAUGCAUAAAUUGUUCGUUUGCGGCAUUUUGACGCUGUUACAUAUUCAUCCUUGACAUAAUCUAAAUAUUCAAUACUCUUCACGGCAAAAACCAGAUAACUCUAUAAAGACCCGUUUACACUAUGUAUAAUAGUAAUAUUUGUUGCUAUAAAUUUGGAAUUCACACUCGGACAUUUAAUAGUUCGCCACCAAAGGCAAGUGAACAACAUGAAAUAAAAGCUUUGUAAGGCAAGGCUCUCAUGCUACAUUUUCAUAGUUUAAUAUGUAGAUGUCAAUAUGAAAGACAUAAAAGUAUUUGGAAUGUGUUGUUAAAUUGAGUUUGCCUUCAAGUGGUUUAAUAGUUUAAAUACAGGUCAAUUGAAGCCAAUUUCUAUGUUUAUUUACUUCUUCAAAGUCACUACUUCAUGUUAUGUGUAUGUAAUGAUCUAUUUUGAUUGGUCUCUAUCGGCUUUAGCCAGGUACAGUAUCUGGUGUAAACACACCAUGUUGGGCGCCAGUUAGGUAAUUCUCAAGCUGUGUUUACACUACGAGCCUAAGCCUGGCCUACCUUUGGACUAGAUUUUUGUGGUGUAAAUGCACUUCGGCCUGGCCUAGGCCAGGAAAUCUGGGCCCAUCAGGAAAGGUGGCCCAGAUUUCUUGGUCUAGUGGCGGUCGAAGUGCAUGGUCUAGUGGUCUAGUGGCGGUCGAAGUCGACACUACCAAAAUCUAGUCCAAACCUAGGCCAGACUUAGGCUCGUAGUGUAAACACGGCUUCAGAUGCAGAAAAGUCUCGGUAAAAAUUUUUUUUAACCCAUUAAGCUGUUGAGCUUUUCCAUUGACAAGCCUCAGACUCAGUGAUUGUCGGGGAAUAUUCACCUCAACUUUGUCUCUGUGAAUAUUCCCCGAUAAUCACCUCACCUUUGGCGAACAAUUGUUAACACCAACACAAAUAUUAUCAUAUACAAAGCAGACAACAAAUUACAUUAUUAUUCUUUUGAUAUAACUUAUAAAAUAAUUUGAUGAAUUAUUUUUAGUUGCAGAAAAAAACAGCAUUAUUGGAGGCAGAAAAGCAGAAAUCAACAGGAAAUCUCCCACUGCCAAAGAGAAAAGCCAGACAAUGUAGCAAGUGCAAGGCACCAAUGAAGGUCACCUGCAAUCACAUUGUCCACACGAUGCUCCACAGACUUGAUCUGUUUACUGUAUAUUUUCAUUGUUUGUAAAUAUUGUAAAUAGUUAAGAGGGUUGUUGUAUAUAUUGUUGAAAUAUAAUAAGUAUGAACAGAAUUAUGCAUCAGUCAGUGUACCCCCUCCCCCAACCCCUCAUAAGCUAGGAAUUGCUGGGAAUUUAAAGCGUGAUUUACAUUUCAGUCAAGGGAUCUCAAAGUGGGCAAUAUGUAAAACUAAUUGUGUAAAUGUCCUCUGGUUAAAAAGAUUUAUUUAUUACUAAAUAAAUAAAUAAGUAACAAAUAAAUAUUUUUAACCUGAGAACGUUUACAUAUUUUAAAUAUGUAAAACAUUAAUACACAUUACAGAUUUGGUGAUAAUACUUUUCUUUGGGUUUUAUGUUAUGAAAUAUUUACAUAAUAAUGAAAUAUUUACAUAAUAGUGACUUCAGUUAUCAUUAUCCGUUUGCUCUUCUCCAGAUAUAUACCAGCAUCACCAGUACAAAAUACAUGCAGUCAUUAUAUGAUGGUAAAUGCAUGGUGACAAGGGCUGGUGUUCUCCCAGCCCAUCAAGCCAAACAGCCGACGAUAUGACACUGCUCUGAGGAAUCUAUAACAAUACAAAUUUAUCUUUAUAGAACCUGUAAAGUUCUUUUACUUUCGCUACUAGUCAGAAUUAAUAUGCACAACCGAAGUAUAUGUACCUUUUAUCUGCGCCAUUGUUUAUUCCAUGGGAGCUUCCAUCAGUUCCAUGUUUGUAAAUAGAAGAGGCCCAACUUCACUUCUCUUUUGUCAUAGCAUUGAAGUCAGGAUGAUUAAGGAUGUAUUCAACAUUCUUGCCAAUCCAAGUAAAUUUUCCAGUUACUUCCACAAUCUCUUUGCAGCAACAGUACUCUGAACACUCGCCAGAUUUUGAGCGGCGCAAUUCCCACACGAACACCUACAACAGAAAUAAAUAAUAAGGCAAAUAUCAGGGAAAUUUUGCAUGAAAAUCAUAAUAAAGUAACUUAGUAUUGUUUGUAGAACUCACCAAUUUGCUAAUGGAAUAUGUUUUCUAAACGCUUCUCCAAAACAGAUGGCAAAAUGUAAUCUUCGUCCUGUUCCUCAUCAGAAGAUUCGCUGUCGCCUGUACUGGCAAAUAUAGUUCCCCUUGAUACGGCUCAAAACAAUUCGUUACGUUCAUAUUUCCUUCUAAAUUGCUCUCCGUUAUGUUAUCAGACUCUAAGCUAGAGUAACUAAGAGAAUCUUCGCUGUGCAACAUAGUAAAAGAGUAGAAAUCACGAUAAAAUAUUUUAUACAGCGCGAUAAUACAAAUGUUCUUUACUGUUUAUAUUGAGAAUGUCAACAUGUGUGUACAACCAGUGACGUCACGCGCUGUUUUCACUCGGGUCCAGACCCCGGGACAAAAAAUAGCCGAAUUGCUGAACUUUGUAGCUUAAAAAAUCCACUUUAAAAAAUCGCGGGGCGAAAAUAAAAUACAGCAUGAUAUUCAGCGUACUUUAAACUAUAAAAUCAGCACAAUUUCAGAAAUUUUUUUCAGCCGUUUCAUAAACACUUUAAGUCUAGACGCAGCAGGAUAUGGCCAGGCGGCAAGUAACUGAAGGAAUGUUGUGACGUAAUUAAAGGAAACCUUAAUUACAAUGCGUAAAACACCUAGUAAUCCGACAAAAAACAUGCAUAAAAACAUAGUAAUCCGACACAAAGUUCAUAUUAAUCUUUUUUUUUAAUUGAUUAAUUUUUUAAAACUGGCAAAAAACAUGCUUUUCUGUACUGCAUCAUUUCUUUUAAACAGCGGCAUACAUGUGAAAUAUCAGCCUUGAAAAAUGUGACAAUCACUUCCCACCAUUCUUUGUUAGGAUUAUCGUGUUAGAUAUCAAUUGCUUCGAUUCGAAGCAGCGCUUCAUAGAGGCAUUGUGGGAAGCAUAUGGAGGUGGGACGUUUCUGCUGGGCCAUCAGGUUACAGGCGCAAUCGUUCAACUGUUCGCUAGCUCCCUAAAAGACGACUUGAGCCAGCAAGAAUCCAAGAAAUAUUUCUGUGAGGCAAAAUUCAUGGGUUACCAUGGGAACAAUUACUGGCUUGUUUCUAAUGACGUGAGUAUAUAAUUAUAUAGUACUAUAAUCUAAUUCAUAUUUAAAGUCAAGUUAAUUCUUCCAUAAAUUUAAAUUUUUCCAUUGAAACUUGAUUUUUUUUUUAUAAUUUCACGUUAAAAUCACGUUUUUUUAUUUUUUUAAGUUCUAUAAACUCAAGUUUUUCUAAUAUACUCAAGUUUUUCUAUUGAAUGAAACUUAACUUAAGUUUUCCUAUUAAUUUACGUUUUUCUGAAAAUUCAAGCUUUCUGAUAAACUCGAGUUUCUAUAUAAACUUAUUAAAGUUUUCCUAUAUACCCAAGCUGGUUUUUCAGUAUAAACCGUCAAGGAGUUUUCUAUUAGUUGACCUGCAUCUAAGGACGUUUAGCCUCAUAAUCAAAUUAACUCGACGAAAGACACGCAAAAUCACUGUUUUUUAUUGGCUCUCACUAUGUGUUCUACCUGUAUAUGCAAAACACGGCUAAACGCAAAAUAGUAAGAUUAUGUUGUUGUGAGUAGUAUUCGUUCUGUAAUUUGCAUGGUCAUGAAAUAUAGGUAAUGAAUCAUAUGCAGAUAGUCAUUUUGACAGAUUAUGCUCGCAAACCCACUGUUAACCUGCCCAAUGGGAUUUGUUUUGAAAAAUUAAAUUUUAAAAAUUACUUUGCCAAUGAACUCGUAUAAGAUGAGUUGUUUUUUAAGCCAUUUAAUUGUUGUCGUGUUUUAUCAUAUAUAAAACACUCCGCUACACUACACCAACACAGCAAGUAUCAUAAUCUAUACUAUAGGUCGCUAUUAUACACCUUAUUAACACAUAUCCUUUAUGUAACCAAUCAAAUUUGAGACUUUUGGCUAUGCAAAUUUUAUAACUGAAUAUACGCUCGUUUAGGUCCUUAGAUACAGGUCAACUAUUGAAACUUGAAGUUUUUCUUAUAAACUAAGGCCCAGGUUUCUCAUGAACUAAACUUUUUCUAUCUACAAACUCAAGUUCUUCUAUAAACUCAAGUUUUUCCCUUCAGCUAUUAAACAGGUAAAUUGUCUGUUGAUAUAGAGUAAAUAAUUCGUAUCAACGUGGAAAAUGUGUUAUAGUCAGGCAUAUAGAUGAACAAAAAUUACGGAAAACUCACCAUAUCAAGGCCAAUCAAGGCCUUCAUCAGUUGUGCCUUGAAGCCGCUGCCUAUAGUAAGUACGUUUAUGUGUAUGUAUUUAAAUUUUGUAUUUAAAUGAAACUUCAUUACAGUUAAUGUAAAAAAUGUGAAAAAGUUUCAGACUAGAAUUUCAAAUAUGAAAAAGUUUCAGACUAGUACCCAGGAUGUUUGCCUUAUUUUGGACUUAUUUUUUACAUUUGGAACAGCAAUAACCCUUAAACACUUGACAAUCCCGCCUAAUCAUUUAAAUGUCUUACAUGUAGUUUUAAGCUUUCUAUUGAUGCAAAUAAUUAGUAUUAGAAAUGUAUCUUAAAUUUCACAUUGUUCAACUGUACGCCAGACAAAUUGUAUAGUACAUUUUAAUACAAAAUUCGAAGAAAAACGUGUUGCCAAAAGCUUACAAAAAAUUUUAACGCCGACAUACUGAAACGUACUUACAGCUUUCAGAACAAAAGAUGAAGGGAAAAUGGAAUUGCCCCUCGAUAUGGUGAGGGUUUUUUUCCUUCUAUUUGCAUGCCUGAUUAUAUUAUAAUUCUUAAUGAAUAAUGUCAUCUCUGAUUAUACAUAUUCUACAGAUGCACAUCAAGAAUGGCAAAAUCUUGAGGCAUGUUAACCAAGAGUAUAUGGCAUUAGACGAGUUUCUCAGUCAUUACGAACUCCAAAUUGACAGGCAUUUGCUAGAAGACUCGAAAAGAUUAAAUAGUUCGCUUGCAAGGUAAUAUGCCUGAAUAUAUAUGCUACAUAUAUGCAUGCAUGACUUUAGUAUAAAUUCAGGAUUGAUAUUCGUUCUGAUCAUACAGCUAAUUCAAUAAUUAUAAAGUAUAAUGAUAUAACGCAGCAAAUUUAUAGUUAUCAUAUCAUAAUGUUAUCUUUAUAAAGGUUCUUUGACUUGUCGGACGGAUUUGGCCUAAAUUCUACUCCCUUUCGGUUGGCAACAGCUUUCAUGGUUGGCCGCAUCAUAAGGAAUGCACUCAACCCUAAUGAUGUGUGGGGUAAGCGAAAACAUAUAGAUUGCUCUGGAAAGGAGCUUCUUCCAAUCCCCUCCAACACACCCCUGCUGAAUAAUCUGUAUUAUAUAUCAGCUAGUGAUUAUACAAAACAAUGAAAUAUUUCUUAAAAUUAAACUACGAGUGUCAAGCGCUAUCGUUGUUGCAUUUUUAACUUAUAGACGAAAGUUCCAUUGGGAUGAUCUAUUCUGAAAAAAGAUGUGUGGGGAAGUCCCUGACCUUAAAUAUCCUGACUCUGGGUCAAGGGAUAUCAGAUUGUGCCCACUUGAUGUAUCUUAGUGGAGGAAACCAAACGAUUUGUGGGACAUCAUCGUAAGUGCAAAAAUAUUCAAUCGAAUUUUCGUUUUACAGUUGUCACGAAUUUCAUACAUAAAACUUGAAAUCGACACACUUGCUUUUUAUAAUCUUGCGUAUCUUAAACUCUUAAUUUAUAUGGUAUGCGUGGCAGGUCUUUAAUUAUCGUUAUAUAGAAGGGACAUUUACAGUUACAUAUAUCUUCAAAGACAUACACUCCCGCGAAGUAUAAGUAAUUAAUGCAUGGUUCUGAAGUCCUAAGGUUAAGCAAAACUAUAAUUUUAUAAUGUAUAGAGUUAUGAUACAGAAGAGCAUGGCAAAUACAACAGGAGUUGUACUGAUUGACGAUCCCGAGAUUAGCAAGCUAUUCUGCCAGAUGUUGUUGCAAGUUCAGGGGCGUCUCAUGUGCGGAUCAGUUAAGGAAGGGAUGAUCGCUGUAAAAGCAGCUACGAUGAUAUCUUCCAACUCUCCAGAAUUACCACGGUAAUACAUUUACAUAUACCCCUUUACAAAUUUCUCAAUUUUUUCGGUGGGAGAAGGUCUUUCAAGUUUCAAACAUGAUUAUAAUUAUACUUUAACUAAUUUAUAUUAAUAUUAAUUUUAAUUGGCAGAAUAAUGGGGAGAGUGAUAAGAUUCAAUUACACUGGAUCUAGUGAAUCCAAUCCUCAUGAUCAAAAGCAACUGGCCAAGCUGUGUCCCAAUUAAUGGCAGAAAAUAAGGUAUGCAUCGGCGUGUGGAUUGUGCGAAACAUUCAGCGAUGCCACUGCAGAACUGUUAAAAAUAUAUAUAGACUAUAGAGAGGAUAUUACAUGGCGGCGCAAAGAUAUGACUUUUAUCUUCGAGUGGUGAAAACAAUUAAUUUUUAAUUAAUUACUGUAAAACGAGUGGAUGAAAGUCAUAUUUUCAAGCCACUGCGUAUUAUUCCGUUUCUUAUAUAGUCCCAAGCAACAAAUUAGGAAAUUUCACUGAAUUGGAAAAAGUCACGUGAUCAAUUAGUUCUCACUAUAUGUAUGUGAACAACCAUAUAUCCCUUGAGUGUCCAGAGUUUAUGAUUUAAGAUUUUUGAAAAAGCUGCAUAUAUAUAUAUAUAUAUAUAUAUAUAAGUACCGCAUGAUGAUUCUUUACUGAUGAAACAGACUGUUGUGGAAUUUUGAGGUAAGCGAAAUUCUAUAUAUAUGUAUAUAUAUGUAUAUAUAUCUAGAAUUUCGUUUAAUCUUAAAGCUCAAAAAUAUUUUUGCAGGGUCUCCUUCUUGCUUGGGCAAUUCGGUAUUUGGACUUUUGGGACGAAAUUUUUGAAGAUGCCAAUGCGACCAUCAAGGAAUUACUAGCAAAACUACUGAGAAACUUUGGGCUGCAACAGAGGUGGUUUAAGGGUGUCGCCAUUAUGAUGAUUGCUCAUAUGCUGGUAUGUAUAACUGGGCAAAAUAAGAAGCUAUAGAUGCAUGCAUGGAGUUAACUUCGAAAUUGUUUGUUUACCAAUAUAGUUAAGGUUAUCAUGUGGAAAACCAUCUCGAAUUGAUGAAUAUUUGACGUUUGUUUACAAUGACCUGUUGUCAGAGAAAGUCGCCGGGCCCUCAACAUUGGAGAAACUGGAGACCAAUGUAGCAAAAGAAAUUCAGAAGAAAAAGGAAUCGGUGUGUAAAUAUUUCUAAAUGCAAAGAGCUUUUGGAUAUCUUUGAUGAGUACAAUCGCAUGGCGUAGUUGCCAUGAAUAGUUAUUUACAUUAUGUUUAAUACUGUAAGACCUUGCCAAUAAGUAUAGAAAAUAAUCUGUGGUAUUUUAUAUAAAAUAUACUAAAAUAACUUUUGGUGAAUUGUUGCAAAUAUAUUAAAUGUACGAAUUAUGCACGUUAAUAUGUGCUUCUUUGUACUUCGGUUAAAUAUAACUUAAGUGUGGUUAAUAAAAGAAGAGCUUUAUUUAAUUCUCCCCUGUGCUACCAAGGUGUUUUUCCGCUACUCCUGUUCCCCUCUGUUGCUUGUAAAGGCUCUCCAUCCAUUGGAAUUGUACUUUAUUACUUUAUGAAACAAAAUUUUUCACUUUAUAGUUACCUAAGUCUAUACUAAUAUUUAUAACUAUUUUAUUACUCUUUUCAGAUUCUGACAUGGUUGCAUCCUAGCCUAACAGUUAAAAAUUCUGCUGGGAAAAAAGUGCCAGCCAUUGGAAUAGCACAAGAUGUCAUUGAAUCAUUUACGGACAUUUCCCAUACAGUAAGUUAGACACAAAAGAUAUUUGCGAUAAUAGUUUAUAGUACACAGCUAUAUCAAUUAAAGUUGUCGAAACUUGUCCCCGCGAGCAAAGCAGAAAAGUCGAAUACCAGCGCAAAAGGUUUCCCAGCAAGCCUUUCGUGCACGUAUUCGACUUUUCCGCUUUUAAUUGAAAUAGCUGCAUGAAUUGGAAUAGCUGCAUAGACAAGCGUUAGUCAUCCCGAAAAUAUUUUGUGCACUUAAAUUGGAUAAGACUCGCUAUCAAUAUCCCUGUUGACUCGAUAGCCCAAUAGUUAGAGCGGCGGUCUAGAUACCCGAAGAUGCGAGUUCAAAUCCAACUCGAGCCAACAAAUUUUUUCGUUGCUCGAUGCUCGAUUGCAGUGUCAGAUUAAUAUGAAACUAGCUGCAUGAAUAGUGUCUACAGAUGUAAUUACCGAUAUUAAUUAUGUAUAGUAAUGAGGACAAAUUCAUAUAAUGAAUACAUAAAAACACGAGUGUGUCCUUAUAGGAAUUCAAGGAUGAGUUAAAAAAACUCGUCGAGGAGCCAAGUACAAUUGGCAUUUAUUACAGUAAGGAUGAAAAUGUGACGCUGCAGGAAAUGAGAAGAACUAAUACAUGUCAAAAGAAGGCAUACAGAUUGCCUUUAGAUUCCUUGACAACAUACACAAGGAAUCUAAUCGAGUACGGUAAGCAUGCAUACAUUCUUCAGCCGCGUGCGAUAUGCAUGUGUUCAUUUCCGCAAACACAUGCAUGCGCAUGCCGUUUAAAUCGUAUUUAUAAUGAUUGAAUUUAGAAAUAUUUUCUUUCGCCAAUAUCUUCAGAAUCAAGACGCAAUAUUGACUAUCAUGCAUUUGAAAAUUUAACAGAUGUGACGUCAGUACAUAAUUGUGUGUACAAAGAGUAAGAACCUGAGUGUCCACUUAUUUGAAACAAAUUGCCAAAAAUAUUUUAAAUGUUGAAACAUAGCAUUAUUUCUUUUCAUAAUGUUCCGAACAUUACAAAAUAUAAGAUCCCUUAAGACGAUAUGCAACAUACUUAAAUCAUUUCCAUUCUCUUAAUUUGUCUAUUUCUUUGAAUAGCUUGCAAGAUGCGGGAUGACCCCCCUCAAGAGUCUGAUUCCGAGCAAGAUGCUGAUCCAUAUAGUUUUCAAUUGCCACUUGAAGACGUUCAAAUUUUGGAACAAUUAGAGAACGAGCUUCGGGUAAAAAUGGAAGGUAAAUUUACUUUGAAGAUCCAUAUUUUUUACAUUUUGUUUUUACACGUUUUAUCUGCAUGGAUUCGUGUUGACCAUAUCAUAUGAGAAGGUUUGCACGUAAUUUGUAUAUAGAAUUAAUUUAUUUCUGUUUAGCAUGGGAACAUGGUCGUGCACAGGAACAGAUCUAUCAAAAUCAAGAGGAGAUUGAGGAAGCAGUAGACGAAUUAGACUAUAGCUUCACAGAGGUAAAGUUGACUGAGAAGCAUACAUCAUUACAUGCGAUCUUUUUUAAAUUAAUUAAUAUAACGUUAACAUGCAUUCGUCAAAUCUAUAUAUUAACACUGUUCUAUCUUAUAUAGUUACUUACACCAAAUACCAAAAGGGCAUACAGCAGGCUAACCCUGCAGAAAAGAAAAACUUUUGCAUGGGUAAGAAUGAAAUGGUUAUAUAUCAGUUGAUAUGUAUGUAAUGUUGUGAAUUUGAAAACGGGAUCUGGACUAUAAUAUAUAAGUCCGAACAGAUAAUUUAAAUAAAUUGCGAGGAUAUGGAGGAGGUUUACUUAUAUGAAUCUCAUCCUUAUGUGUAUAUCAGAAACAAUUUUUACUAAUUAUAAAUAUAUAUAGUUACGACAUUUGCAUUAAUCUGUUAAAGGCCAUGUUACACGGUGCAAUUUUUCUUGCAACUUGCAAUGAAAUUCUACUCUCGAAAGAUGUAAAAUUGCCGAGAUGUAAAAUUGCCGAAUACGAGUCUUCAUUACACUCCGCUGAUGUUUUCUCAAUAUAUCGAAAAUUCUUCACUGAUUUCACUAAUUAACAUCUCUCAAGAGUAGAAUUGCAUUGCAAGUUGCAAGAAAAAUUGCACCGUGUAACAUGGCCUUAUGGUCUGCGUUAUAUCACUAAACAUGUACAUACAGACUUUGAAUAGUGCCGUAAAGUUAGAUUGCAACGUAUAAUGAAGACUGACUUUAAUUUUUAAAUUUAUUCUUCAAUACAGGCUAUUCACGUUGGAAACAAAAUGCUGAGAGCAGGUAUAAUAAAUACAGAAUAUAUAGCACUACUUGCAUGA